GGCCAGAGCUAAGGUGUCUUCUCUAUGGGUUGUCGACGUCAGUAUUUUAUUGUAUUCUGGUUGCCACAAUCAAAACAGUCGUAAGCGAGAACAUACUAGAAGGAAGAAAAAAAAAGGUUAAACAACGACAAGAUGCCCAUCAUACGUUUGGAAUCGUCAGAUAAAGAAAUUUUUGACAUAGACCAGGAGAUAGCAAAAUGCUCGGACACCAUUAGGACGGCACUCGAAGAUUUGGGCGAUGAGAGUGACAAUAGCGUUUUGCCUCUGCCCAAUGUGAACUCACUGAUACUGAAGAAAGUGCUCCACUGGGCCACCUACCACAAGGAUGAUCCGGUCCAGGCCGAGGAGCUUGAGAAUAAGGAGAAGCGUACUGAUGACAUUUCGUCGUGGGAUGCAGAUUUCCUAAAGGUGGAUCAGGGUACACUGUUUGAGUUGAUAUUGGCUGCAAAUUACCUCAGCAUUCGUGGACUCUUGGAUGUGACAUGCAAGACUGUUGCUAAUAUGAUUAAGGGCAAGAGUCCACAGGAAAUACGCGACACAUUUGCCAUUCCUAACGAUUUCUCACCAGCCGAGGAGGAGCAGGUGCGCAAAGAGAACGAAUGGUGUGAAGAGAAGUAAAAACAAAUUGGUGCCGUGAAAGAAAAAAAGAAAUGUCAUUAAAUCAAAAAGUAAUUUAAAAGUAACGUUUGUUUCAUUAUCCAUAGAGGGCGUACCGGCAAGUCAGCUGUUUAUUUCGCCCCCGCAAAAAGACAUGGCGAAUUGGCUCUGAAAUUGUAGGCAAAUUCAAAUAAACUAUAACUAUCGGUUUUAAUCAAA